UCUCCCUUCCCCCCACCCUUGGUGCCUAAGCUUUCGUCCCCACCCCACUGGUGCUACCUUCCUACAGGUUUCACAUGUGUCUUGGCUAGUGUGGCAUUCUCCUCCUCUUUCUGUUCCGCUUCCAGCCCCUGAGUUUUGGCUGGACCUGUGUGGGGACUGCAUUUCCCAGCCUGCAGCUAGCUAGGUGUGGCUGAGUGACUAGGCCUAAGCCAGUGGCCCAUGAAUGAAGUAUCUACCAAUACAAAGCUGAGAAUCCCAGACUCGUUCCACUGGAAAUGGCAUUGACCUGACAAGCCUGGGAAGCCAUGGGUUAAAUCUGAAUAACUGCCUGGCUAAAACCUGCCGGUAUGAUAGAGAGGAUCUUUUGUUACAGCAGCUCAACAUGUGCACAACUCGCUCAGUUACCAGCCUGCCCGCUAACCCCCCUGGGCACAGCCUCAUACCCCUGCCAGGCCUUUCUCAACAUCGUCAUGAGAUAAAUCUCCUACAAUGCAAUUCUGAUCGCGUCACUCCCUACUUAAAGAUGGACAAGCAAAUAAAGAACAGAAAUCACUGCUGUUAAGAGGAUUAAAGCAGGAUGAAGUAAUGGCAUAAUGGAAGAGCUCCUUUAUGUUGGAUAGUUAGGGAAGAAGGCGGGAAGGAGCCAGGUAGGCAGUAAUCAGGGAAGAGAAGAUGCCAGGCGGUGGGCACAACCAGUGCAAAGGCCUUGAGGUGCAGCUUGUUCCAAAAACCAAAGGGGGAAGAAUGUGAUUAGAGCGCUUUUGAUAAGUUCCCACUGCAGGGUAAGAUCAGACUCACUAAGGAGUCAGAAAAGACUGGCCACAACCUCCAAGCAGCUGGGUAGGUGGGACAGGGGGUUCCCUGCCCAAGACACUGCUGUGAGUGGGGGUGGGAGCCGGACUCCACCUGCCCUUCCCAGACACCACGUGGAGUCUGACUUGGACCAUUCCCCCUACAGGAUCCUGGCUCGGAAGUGCACAAAGGCCAAGCCUCCGCCUUCAGAACUGGUGCGAUGGGUCAUGUGAGUCAGGGCAGAGGCUGUGGGUCCCCUCCCUGGGUCAUCUCUCCCAGGAGCCCAUAAGCUCUCUUUUCAGGUCUUAAGCACCUGCCCUGUAGCCCUUCUUAACCUGACAAGUUGACUGACUUGUCCUGAAGGUUCCCUGCUCCCCAGGAGGUUGGAGUGACCCCUCUUCUGAGAAGCCUGGAGCACUGUGAACACACAUGGCUGCCGAAGCUCAGACUGGCUUUAGUUCCAGCCUCACUGGGUCUUCUCGGGGCUCAGGCUACCCGGGCGGAAGGGAGGCUGGGUAAGACACCAACCAGCCCACGUGAGACCACCAAGGUACAAUCCCUCAUAUUCAACCUGGGCACACGGUGUCUGCCAACACUAACCAAUGUCUGCCAAGGUCAACCAUAAAUUGCCACCUUUAGACCAUUCUGCAGAGACCUCUGAAAGGGUCAUAGAAAGACAGUUAUGAGCAUAACAAAAUAUGAUUCUUGACUCAGAGUCAAAAGUUAUUUUCAAUUUCCUUUGCUCUUCUUUAUUUAGUACAAUAAUAAUCCUUAAAACCGAGGAGGCACACUAGGUAACUUUCAGCCGGGGCGGAGAGGGGGGGCCCUGUGUCCCUGUGUACAUAGCACACACUCCCACACAAUUCUUUUUUUUAAACCUCAGAGUCUUUUUUUGCAUUUGCUAAACCAUCUCACAAGACUUGGGCUGACAAGACUGGUCUCCUUUGGAUUAACUAAACCCAUGCCUCCCCACGAUAGGGACCCCAAGGGGUAUGGAGCCCCAAGACAACCCCAGGCUCUGAGCUACAAACCUCUCUUUCCAGAACUUCUCUGACACACCUUGGAAUUUCCCAAAUGUUGACAAAGAAGGCUGUUCCCGUUACAAGGACCAAUUAUAGAGCAAGCUGCCUAUAGUUAGAAAAUGCAAAGCCCUCACCCCCAGGCCUGCGUGUAGUGCUUUGUGUGCGGCCUGGGCAGCACUGGGCAGGGUUUGUGUUAGGUGCUAGGUGGGUCCGGGCGGCUGCUCCACUCUUGCCAAACGCUGCGUGUCCAAGGUCUGCAUGCUUGUUUUCCCAUUGCUGCGGAACACCCUGCCCACCCUCGCAGAAAAAGAGUCUUUUGUGCAGCACCCUUUAAAGGGUGGCUUGUCCCAUUCAGGUUCUCUCUCCUGGUGCCGGGUUGCAGGCAGGUUUAUCACAGCAUCGCCAUGAAGUCCAUCCCCUGCCUCUUGCUGGUGGCCUUGUCCUUCCUGGGGACUUUGGGGCAGGCUCCAAGGCAAAAGCAAAGACACGCUGGGGAGGAAUUCCAUUUCCAGACUCGAGGGAGAGAAUCCUGCACCGUGCGAACCAGUGGCUCGGGGCAAGGCGCUGGGGACGUCCGGCUCCGCGUCGACUGCCACAAUCAAACCCAGGCGUACUGGUGCGAGUACAGCGGGCGGCCCGGUGUGUGCCAGGCCUUCGUGGCUGACCCCAAGCCUUACUGGAACCAAGCUCUGCAGGAGCUGAGGCACCUCAGCCACCCGUGCCAGGGAGCCCCGGUACUGAGGCCGUCUGUGUGUCAGACAGCCGGGACCCAGGCGCACAUGCAGCAGGUGGCUUCCAGCCUCAAGAGUGGCCCAGCACCCAAGCAGCACCCCGAGACUGCCAGGGCUGGGAAGCCGUCUCCCAGGCCCGGGGUCCCAUCGAAACCCAUGAAAGCAAUUCAGCUGGGAAAGGACUCCGUGAAAAAUCUGGAACAAGCCAACCCCCCCACCCAACCCACGGUCAAGGCUACCCAGGCUGGACCCAGGUCCGCCGGGAAUGAGGAAGCAGAGAAGAAGGCCUGGGAGCACUGCUGGAAGCCCCUCCAGGCCCUGUGUGCCUUUCUCAUCAGCUUCUUCCGAGGGUGAAAUGAGCUGACUCCAGAAGAGAAUGAUCUCCUCCUGUGUUGUGAUGCUUUCAAUCUGAUGUUCUCACACUGCAGGAAAGGAACUUCUAAUCAGAUCCAACUGCACAAAUUCCUGAUCUGCAGCAUCUCUGAAGAUUGGGGAAGAAACCUUCCUUUCAGGAGUUUAUGGAGUUCAGCGGUGCCAUAGGCAACAGGUGCAGAGGAGCUCAAGAGCGACAAGCAUACACAUCUAUUUUUUACUUUUAGGAGUUUUGCUUUACUGAUCUGAGCCUUCUGUGAAAGUUUAUACAUGUAACACAUUCAUUAAUUUCCAGUGUAGCCUUCUGAACAAGACGUGAAUUUGUCCCGUUUCUUUGCAUGGCAACACAGACUUGUAGUUAGAGCAAGUUCAGUAAA